GGGCCCGCAGUCAUUUUGGCUCAAGCAGGUUGGGCACCGGCGCUUUUUGCCUUAGGAGUCUUACGCGCCGACCUCUCGUUGAGGUUCUGCGGUGCCAUGUACCGCCACCUCCGCCCCGCUUCCUUGAACAUGUCCCUGGUUCCUGGGCUGCACCUGUCGACGUCGAAGAGCCAGUGCCCGCGGACACCGGGCGAGGGCGUCAAGCCGUGUUUGUUGCUGGAGCUGGAGGAGUGCGAGUCGCCAGACAACCUCUACGAGUCCAUCCGCAGCUGUGGCACCUCGGCCGACGGCGAGAGCCUUAGGUCCUUCGGCGCACCGGACGGCCCGAUGUGCAAGCUGCUGGGUGCGUGCCAGGACGCGGCCUCCGACUCCGCGGUGGUCGGGCCCUGCGAGCCCAACGUGACGGGCCACUGCGAGCCCCCCUCGCCUGUGAGCAGCGCGUUGGUGCGGAGUGGCGUCGGGGCCCCGGCGCUCAAGGCUGUCCUGCCUCUCGGGGCGGGCGCGGUCGACCACUCGGAGCCACCGUCGCCGUUUGAUAGCAUUCUGGUGUGUGCAUUGCCCCAGCCUGCCACGCAGCUGGAGCGGAGACGCGGCUGGGCCGAGGAGCCGCAGGUGGUCGAAACCUACGAGUUUGACGCGGUGGGCUGUCGUGAGCCCGAUUCGCCGUUCGACAGCAUGUUGUUGAGGUCUAAGCGCCAGAACGCAUUCGCCCGCAGCGUCUUGCCGUUUGUCGUGCGAGACGCGCGUGCCCGAUGCCAGCUCGGCACAGCGAUGUAG